AUGAAUAACUCUUUCAAGUUAUGUCACAAGGCUUCUUUUCCAAGAGGCAAUAUAUUCUGCAAUCUCAUUGACAGAAUUGUUAAGAGACCCUCCUUGCAGUUUUUGGGUCAAUGGGGUUAUCACUGUUAUGAACCCAGGAUUUACAGAACCCUGGCAAAAAUCCUGAGGUAUGUUGACUUGGAAGGCUUUGACAUACUACUCACUGACUAUAUAGCAUUUGUGGAAAAAUCAGGAUACCGUUUUGAGUUCAAUUUUAACCUGGAAUUUACUGAGAUAUGCGUGAAUACAAUUCUAUACUGGGUUUUUGCCAGAAAAGGUAAUCCUGACUUUGUGGAAUUGCUUCUCAAGAAGACGAAAGAUUACGUUCAAGACAGAAGCUGCAACCUGGCACUGAUAUGGAGAACUUUUACACCAGUCUACUGUCCAAGCCCAUUGAGUGGCAUCACACCUUUACUCUAUGUGGCUCAGACAAGACAGUCGAAUAUCUUAAAAAUACUCCUGCAGUAUGGAAUCCUAGAAAGAGAAAAAAGUCCUAUCAAUAUUGUCCUGACAAUCCUGCUCUACCCUUCGAGGGUAAGGAUAAUGGUUGAUCACGAGUUGAUCGACAUCCAAGAAGAUGCCAAAACGUGUCUAGUGCUGUGUUCCAGAGUGCUUCCUGCCAUCUCCAUCAGGGAGAUAGAGACACAGCUGAGUUUAGGGAGACGGCCAAUCAUUCCCAACUGGUUGGACUUCAUUCCUUCCACCCGAUACAAGGAUCCGUGUGAACUAGUACACCUCUGCAGAAUAACCAUCAGGACUCAACUGCUGGCCAACAAUAUGCUCCCAAAUGGAAUAUUUUCACUUCUAAUUCCAGCUCGUAUACAGAGCUACCUCAAUUUAGAAAGCUAG